UUAUAGCUACCUGGCUUUAAAACAGAAUUUUUGGAAAAGCGAAAAUGAUAGCGAAAUCGCAAUGAACCUGGAAAUGCAGUUUUUAUUUAUGUGUCACCCAAAUAUCUUUAACAUUGUACUUUAUCAUUUUACUCAGCAAAUUCAAUUUAAAAUUAGGGUUGUGAAAACUGUUUAUUUAAGAUUCUCAUUCAUCUAGUUGAAAGAUCAAGAACUGGUAAAAAUAAAAGCUUGUGAAAUGGAAGACAACUUUGUCGCAGAUAUUUUGCAUCUUAAUUGUUUAAAGGAGUCUUCGUUUUUUUAUUUCUGAAAACACUUUAGGCUACCUCAAGCAAGUAUACACAAAAGAUCUACAGCCUAUUUUCUAAUUUAUAUGCAUUCUACUUUGAAUUUAUUAUCGCAACGCCAACUCUUAUCGCAGAAAGUGAACGACCAUUGAGUAAACUGAAAUUGAUUUAAAAAAUGAUCUAUCGGAAAUGCAUGUUGAAAUUGAAUACAACUCUGUAUUCAACUCUGGAUACAAUUCUGCCAUAAGCUACAAUGUUCUUACUUCCGCUGCUAACAAUUUUUUUAACUCUCGCCAUAAAAACGACUACUGGCAAUUUUAUGACAAGUAUGGCUAAAGUUGCGGAGAAAGCAACAAAAUAUACCUCAAAUGUUGGAGACAAAGUUGGCAAGUUUAAAAAUACGGUAAAAGAUUUUAAUGAAGUCUUGAAAUCAGAUGAAGGCAAAUUGGAAAAGAUAACAGGUGCCAUUGAUAGCGUUGGUGGUGGCGCAGUAAAACUAGUUGAAGGUGUCAUUAAUGGAAGUUGGCAGGAUAUGAUUGUUGGUGCUCUUGGUAUUAUUGGUGGUUUAGCAUCUUUAGCUGGUCCAGUUGGAGCUAUUAUUUCAUCUGUUUUGAGUGUGAUAUCAAUGUUGUUUGGGCUGUUUGGAGGAGAACAAAAGGCAGAAGAAAGUCAAGAAUCAAUGUUAAAACGUGUAAUUAAUGAAGCACUAACCAAUGCACGUGCUGAGGAGCUAAAAGCUGACGGUGAAGGUUUAAAAAAAAUGAUGCUAUCUAUUCGUAACUCGAUUAACCAGUUUCGUGAAUCAGGAGUAACUGAAGACCAAGCUAAUGAAUUGUAUACUCAAGUUUUCACGGGCUUGGAUUUCUUCGGCAAGUUAAAGUAUGAGAUUAAUAAAUAUUGUGACUGUUCAAUUUCAGAAGUUGUAAUUACCAAUGAAAUACGUGAUACAAAUAUUAAGAAAUCCGAAAAAUGUUUGCAAUUUCUUAAUCUGUACUCUGAUCUCUCCAUAUACAGACUGUUGCUUAUUACUGACAUGGCUAGUCUCUUCAGUUCUGUUAAACUAGAAAAAACUGGAAACAAUGUUUUAUUAUUGAGUGAAAAAGAAAGACUUUCAGACUUCGAGAUUCUUAUGUUUUUGUUUGAUCCAAUCGAUAAUCAUCGGCAACGAUUUUGUAUUAGUCAAUAUUAUGCUGCACCAAAUAAAUAUCCCACCAUAAUGGCUUAUACUGAUGUUUUAAGAAAAAUUCCUAAUGAAAAAAAACCUUCUAAAGAUGUCACUAUUUGCAGUGGUGUGGAAUUACUUGGGGUGUGCUACAAUUUUGAAGUUAAAUCAAACAUAGAAUUAUCUUCAAGGAGUGAGUUUAGAGGAUGGGAUGAUGGGAUACAAUCAAUUUAUAUUGCUGAUAAACUGGAAGUUACUGGAUAUGGAGAACCAAAUUAUAAAGGGGAUGUAUUUGGUCCCUUUUAUGGACCUACUGUAAUCGGAUUGUUACCACGUGAUUAUUGGGGAGUUUGGCACUCAAUGAAAAUUAGAUUAGUUAAUAAAAGUGCACAGAAAAUGGUUCGAGUAUGCAAGAAAGAAAACUUUAAUCAGAAUGGAUAUUGUCAACAGUUUGAGAUUGGUAGUUAUGCUAACUUGGACAUUAGUGGAUCCAAAAAAUAUUCACGUGAUAUAAAGUCUCUUAUGAUCCCAGAAGGAAUUCAAGUAGAAAUUUUUUCUAAGACUGAUUAUAAAGGUGAUAAAUAUGGACCAUUUUAUGGCCCGAAUUCAAUUGACGACUUUUGUCAAAAAGACACCACAGUAUCUAUGAAGAUUUCACAUCAUAAUAAAGAAGUUUCAAAGAUGGUGAAGAUUUGUAAAGGAAUAUCUUUUUCUCUUCAAUGCGAAUACCUCGAAGUUAAUGAUUAUCCAAAUACAAAGAUUAACGGGUGCAAUUAUUACGGCGUUGAUGGAAAAAUAAAGAGUAUGGCGGUUCCAGCAGGUCUAAAAGUUGAAAUGUGGUCGAGUGUAAAUUAUAAAGAAAAGGAAUUAGGACCUUAUAUUGGACCUUUAUCUCUGUCAGCUGUUGAAGGAAUAGGCAGCUCAUUUGAAAUUCAAUCAAUAAAAGUUAAAAACGUAGAAUAAUUAAAUAAUUUCAAUAUGUAAUAUAAAUAAUUUAUAAAAUAUAACUAUUUAUGAUCUACAAAUUAUGCUGCUUUUUUAUAGCAGAGCGUGAUAAGGCUAGGUGACUGGGAGGCUUAAGCUAUGUGACUUUUAAGAAUAAAUAACUAUUGGAGUAUCGAUAAAUUAUAUUUAAGUUAUAAAAUAAAUUAAAAUGCUAAAAUAAGAAUCAUGUUUGUAUAUGUAAAUGUUUUCGUGUUCA